AUGCGUCCUAUAAAUUCGUUGUUGGGUUUGCGUAUAGUGCUGAUAGCCUUAGGCCUUGUAUUUAUUCGAAAAUGCUAUGAAGAGUAUGUGCGGGAACUUCAUACAAACAUGGACAGCUUAUCCUCCUCAUCAGCACUACAGUGGGAAAAUGUCGAUUUGGAAAAUCCACCGCUGACGGGAAAUCCUUUAGUGGAGCGAUUGCGAAUCAAUGAACUUCUAGCAGCUGUCCAGUACAGGUGCAAAGAAGCUGCCGAAAUAUCCGGCGAAAUCGAAACGUUCACCAUUUGUUCAGAAAGUGGACUAGUCAACAAUGUCUUCCUUGUCACUGGCAACAAGAUAUCCUCGGGAAUGUUCGAGAAGAAACUGGGUGCUUCACGUUGGACAGUGUUCCUUCCUGAAGGCAGCGAACUGGUAGAGAACUUAGAAGGAGACGUUGAAGUGCAUUACCUUACUGAGCUAAGUGACUGGGACCAUUGGGUCACCUGGGACAUGGAGUAUGCGGUUCGUGGCAGAACUUUUGACUUGGCUAAGAUGGAUCUUUAUGCCCCUCAUAUGCGAAGUUUUGAUCAACCAAACGUCGUGCGUCAGCUACUCCAGAACAUGACCGCAGCUCAACAUUUAGCACUGGUGAUUGACGUUGGUUCAGAAUCUAGCAGUAAAACCGCUCACGUUAUAGGACGAUGGUAUCAGCUUCUCUACUGGCUGUUCUUUUCGAAGGGAUACGCUUUAGUGGGUGCCAGUUCCACUGGUCUGUGCGGAUUUGAAACUCAAAGCUGCAAAUAUUACGUAAGUUUACUGCAAAUGCAGAAUUCCCAGGAUCAGUUUCGGACAACAGCACCCACACUUGGAUUAGGCUCACCCGAAGAAGAGUUGCACCGUCUCCUUCGUUACGUGCAGACUUCCAACUGUUCCGUUGUGCUUCAUCCGAACUUCCCGGCUUAUUGUCCUGAAAGUUUGAAAGAAAAUGCUAGAGUACUCUUGAUUAGUUACCAGGCUCUUUUGGAUGUCCCAAUGAAUCUGGCAAAGUCGCCGAACUUUCAUAUUGUCACACCUAUGGAUGUCCACAAUGGUAUCAAUAUCCACAACUAUGGAAUUGGACACGACGGGAAAAAUCUGAGCAUCGAUGAGCAGUGGAAGCUCAAAACUCUCGAAGAGACUGUAGACGAAUUGUACGGUGAUUCCACCAUUGAUCUGCUCGUUAUUGAUAUGAACGGCGGCGAGUUCUCUCUGUUUCCGGAGUUGAUUCAAUUAGCGAACGUCAGCCGCUUCACUCGGCUAAGCCUACGUGGACAUAUUUGGUCCGAGGAAAACGAAAAUUUUCGCCAUCUGUAUUGGAGUAUGCGCCAGAUAGAAACCAGUGGCUAUUCACAUAAAUAUGGAUCUGUUUCUUUGCCUCGUUAUGAUAUCGUUUAUGAGCGGAGUCAUUGAUGUAAAGUGUCUGCGACCUUUUUAUAACUUGCCAGGCAAUUUUUUUUCGCCGGCACAAGCGCAAUGAUAAGAGCGAAUAAGCUCCCUCUUGUCUAUUAUGCUUUCUUCUUGCAAAAAGCAUCAAAUUACUCUUAUUCUACAUUCCUUUAUUAUCUCAUUUGUAGCUCUAUUGUAGGACAAAUAUAGUUAUACCUAUAAAGCAAUUCACAUUUAUGGAGAUCGUCCAUCACAAUAUGCUUAUAUGGUUGUAUUCACCAUUUCAAUGAUUUUCCAUUUUUUCAUGAU